AACAAUACCUUCGUUAUACCAGAGUUGUUAGUAAAGAGUUAACCGAGCUCACUUCCCCCUCUCCGUCAAGUCACCAGUCAGAAGGGAGAAUUUCCUCUGCCAAUCAGCGCCUUCCCUUUAUGGGCCAAGUUUUAGACAGCCAAUAGGGAAGCAGAUGGAGUACCACGUGAGUGUUGUUUUUCUUUCGACCGUCAUCCUGUCCCUCUGGAAAUUGUCCGGUCAAAUAACGUCUCAUGUAGUCGGAUGGGGGUUCAAGUUAAAUGUUAAAGCUGAAAAAAGGAAAAAUAAUUAUGGCAUGUUUUACCUCAUUGAGACGACAGCAUAAGAAGACAGGUCAAUGACAGAACGUGUAGAGAUAAUAUUUCAUCGGAGGGUGUCCAUCUUCUUCCUCUGACACAAUAUGAACCAUAGAUGGGCUCCAAAUAUCUGGGUGAAAAUAGACAGAGCAUCUUUAAUGUGUCAGAGUCAUUCUCGCAGGUCAGCGGCUUUACUGCUCUUGUUUGGUACCUCUAACUGUAAGAUCCAUGUGCAACAACCUGUUGGCUACCUCAGCUUCAGGCACUUCCAUCAUCUGAAGAUUAAAGGCAGAAAGGGAUGGAUAUUUAAAGCCAGCCAGGUUAGGCAGCUACUUGGACUUCACACCAGCUCCGUGUGUUUGAAUACUUCAGCUUCCAGGUGGUCUGCGGGUCUGAGCCAGCACAUGUCGCGGGUCAGGAAUACCUUGGACACAGUUUCGAAAGCUGUGAGUGGGACACAUACAGAACUUCUGUCCAAAAUCUCUCGCCUCAAACCAAAGGCUGUAAAGGCACAGAAACAGUCCGAGACCAGUGUUGAAUCUACAUUGAAAGCUGAGGAAAAGGCAAUCACCUCCACUCUUGCUCCCACUGCAUCCGCUACAUCCAAUCCUGCACACACUGAUCUUUCUACUUCUGCAGCUACAUCUGAUGCGAGGAACACUACCUUCACUCCUCUCGCUGGUUCCGCUCAAGUGACUGUCACUUCUGCAGUUGUCACUGUGCGUGAUGUUGAUAAUAAGAAGCUGAGACGAGUUGCUCCCACUGUCAAAGCUUGUUCUCACAAGAAGCCAGAGGAGCUUCCAGCACCUUUGAAUACCACUGAGAACAAGACCACAACUUCCAAAGAAACUCCAGGACUUUUCCAUCCCAGCACCCUUUCAGCCAACCUGGAUGAGACCUACAACUACUUGUCUCAUCACAUCAACUCUUACUUUGGCAGCAGAGCAAAGACUCAGAGCCAGAAAGGUGAUGAUGUUGACAACAACCGACCUCUGUCUCAGCCUCAGCAACCCUCCAACCUCGUGCCUGUGUCUGAUAAAGCUGACCCCACCGCUCCAGUCACCCCACCCUCCUCCAAAAAGAGCUUAGGACAGUACCUGUCCUAUUCAGCUCCCACUGUGCAGGCGUUUGUGGGGAACUACAUUGCUCCUCUUGUUCCUAAAUUCAGACCAGUAGAGUCUAAAAGCACAGCAACAGAGGAGAAGAAACCUGAGGGUGUGAUGGUAAAGCAGAUUGAAGGCCCAAUAAGUAAAGAGCAGACUGCUGCAGAGGAGAAAGCCAGGAAGCUUCUGCUCCAACGGGAGAAGAUCAUAGCCAGGGUGAGUGUGGACAACCGAACCCGGGCUCUGGUCCAGGCUCUCCAUAGAGCAUCAGACGUUAGAGUCUACAUCAGCAGGGUGGAGGACUUAAGUUACCACCUGCUGGAGUUUCCGGAGACCCGCGGUGUAGCAGUCAAGGAGAAGGUCAUCCCUUGUCUGCUGCGUUUGGAGCAGGCCAACGACCCGGGCUUAAGGGCUGCAGUCAGAGAAGCUCUCGCCUUAGUUGGCCAUCAUAAACCCGUUAAAGGCCGGGGGAUACGAAUCUUGUCCAUAGACGGAGGAGGCUUAAGGGGAGUUCUUGCCCUUCAGACCUUACAGAAGCUGGAAACCCUGACUGGCAAACCCAUCUAUAAACUGUUUGACUAUAUUUGUGGAGUCAGCACAGGAGCUGUCAUAGGGUUCAUGCUGGGCGUGAUCCAAAUCCCUGUUAAAGAGUGCGGUGAUCUGUACUGGAAGCUGGGUUCAGAUGUUUUCAAGCAGAAUGUGAUUUUAGGCACCGUGAAGAUGGGCUGGAGCCAUGCUUUCUAUGACAGCGAAGCCUGGGAGAACAUCCUCAAAGAGAAAGUGGGCUCCCACCUCUUAGUGGAGACUUCCAGGAAUCCUGAAUGCCCCAAGGUGGCAGCUGUGAGCACCAUUGUGAACCAGGGCCUUCCUCUGAAAGCUCAUGUCUUCAGGAACUACAACCUGCUGCCCGGGGUGCGCUCCCACUACCUGGGGGGCUGCCAGCACCAGCUGUGGCAGGCCAUCCGUGCCACAUCGGCAGCUCCCGGGUAUUUCCAGGAGUUCGCGCUGGGAAAUGAUCUCCACCAGGAUGGAGGUCUUCUGAUUAACAACCCAACAGCGCUCGCAAUCCACGAGUGUAAGUGUUUGUGGCCCGACACACCCCUGGAGUGUGUGGUUUCGCUCGGCACAGGACGCAUCGAAACGGCCGGCAAGACCAGUGCCACAUAUACGAGCCUCAAAACUAAACUUACCAACGUCAUCAGUAGUGCCACAGAUACUGAGGACGUUCACGCUAUGCUGGACACCUUCCUCCCUCCUGACACCUACUUCCGUUUCAACCCCUUCGUGAGCGAAGAAGUCUCCAUGGACGAAAGCCGGCUUGAGAAGCUCAACCUGCUGCAGGCUGAGGGCAUCCGUUACCUGGAGAGGAAUGAGGAAAAGCUGAAGAAGGUUGCUUGCAUCCUCACUCGAGAGAAAAGCUCCAUCCAGAGGGUGACCGAGUGGGCCAGGCUCAGGGUUGACAUGUACAACGGUCUGUCCUCAAAGCUGUAGAAACAAAGAGAAGUGACUAUUCCCAACCCAAAUGCUCUCCUUGAUCUACAUUUACAUUAUGUCAUGUUACUGUGGUUGCUGUAGUGUAGUUAAUGUCUGUUUUUGAUCAUUAGCUGUUAAAAAUAAAACACUGUGUGAGAUGCAUCUAAAAUGCCUUCUCCACUCACCAACCUGGUAAUGUACCAACAGCUUUGGCACUUCCCACAAAAGCAAUUUUCACUGCCAGCUACUUUGGCAGAGAACAUUAAUCUUGUUACAGCUUGUGCAUUUUUAAAUUAUAAAUUGUAAAUUUGAGGAGCUCCCUGAACAGUAAUUUAAGCAACACUUAACACCGUCUUAAUGCUAAAUGAUGCUAACGUACUGAUGUUCCUUGUUGUAUAUUUGGAGAAAGACAGAUAAGCUAUGUUAAUGUCACUCUAAUCUUACCAUUGAUAUAGCAGCCAUAAAAAUAAAAAUAUUUAUAGCACCAUUUUAUUCUAACGAUUAUAGGAUUUCACAAAUGAGCACCUUUUAUUUAUUAGUUUUUCUUUAAAAUAAGAAAAUUAAGAUCAGAGAUUUGUGGCCGACUUUCCAUGUCCAGUUUUUUAAAGCUCUGACCUGCCAAUGCUGAUUUUUAGCUCAGUACGAUUUAUCUUUCGAUUUCCAAAUGUAGCAUGAUCAAUGAGAGACACAGACUGGAAGCUCAAAAGGAUAAUAGGGAGCUACUUGGCUGUAAUAUCUUCAGCCAUUUUAGAAGUCAUCUGCUGGUCAUUCUUUCAGCAAUUUAACAAAAAAAAAACCAAAAAACAAACUCAAGUAUGAAUUGACUUUCUGUGGCAGACUGCGUCUUUUCGACCAAAGCUGCAAAAGUAAAAAAUGACAAAGAAGCGGAAUGAUCAGCAUCCACCAAUGUCAAGCUAGCUGCUGUGAAAUCCUCCUUAGGAACUUUCCGUUCCUUUUAAAAUAUCUUUUACCAACUUCUGUGCUUCCUCUGACUUCAUUUUUACAGUAAACACUUAACUCAUACUAUAAUCAGCUAAAUUUAGGUCUCCGUCACUAUGUAACUACUUCAACACUGAAAAGCGUUUUUGUUAGCGCAAACUAGCAUGUGAUGCAUUCUCGCUGCUCAGAAAAAGAUUGGAAUUUUGAGUUUCUGAGCGGCCCAUGGCGGAUCAAGAUGAAAACAGACCAUUUCUGGUGACUAGUUCUUGGUGCAGCUAUAUUUCAAAUGUUUCUUUAUGACAGUAAAAACAAAAACCUGUGUUUGCAAAAACUCAGAAUAGUCGUUGCAUUAUGUUUUACUGUACAUUUAAGAGAGAUCUAAUUGUAACUGAACCUGUGGUACAUUUUUGUAAAUGAUCUAGUCAGGGUCGAGUCCAGCACCUAAAUGGCAUGUGACAUAUCGCAGCUGAAAUGACUAAAAUUUGCACGUUUGAACAAAGCAGCUAUUGGUGAACUAUGUGUGUCACACAAUUAGUAGAUGAAAGCCACUUCAGGCAUAGCAAGUAUUACAGAUACGAUUCUAAUAUAAAUAGGAUGCUAUAAAGAUGUUAAUCACACAUAUAUUAUUUAACAGAGAUCCAAAUGAGGUCUAACCAUCAUAAUAAUGUGUUGUUUAACUUUGGAAUAUUUAAAUUUCACUUGUUUCAAACACUUUUAAAUUGCAUGCGUGUUUGCUGCUGCUUACAUGUUGUGCUGUCUUCAGCUUGCCCUCUUUGAUGCCUCUCUCACUCUGUCUGUGUAAUGUUCUCUGAAACGAUCCAGGUUGUAUCCGAACGGUUGUAUUAAAGCAGAUGUUUUUUUUGUUCUGUUGUGAUUGAUUGGCCACAGUGGAAAAGUGGGUCUCUAUUUGCUGCUGUAUAAACAGCAGUUGUACAUUUCCAGACCCUAGCAGGUCAAGCACUGUGUGAGAGACAGCUCCUCCCGGAGGAACCUGACGUGAGACGGCUACAGAUAUCAUCCUGAUUAUUUUAAUUCUACCGUCCAUCUCCUGUUGGUCCAGUGUAAAUACUGUUUGAGAAUGUAAUUAAAACCUAUCACUGAACCAUAA